AUGACUUUAAAGGCAGUGACCUAUGAUGAUGUGCAUAUCAACUUCACUGAGGAAGAGUGGAAUUUGUUGGAUCCUUCCCAGAAGAAUCUCUACAAAGAUGUGAUGCUGGAGACCUACAGGAACCUCACUACUAUAGGAUACAUUUGGGAGGAACAUAAUAGUAAAGAACAUUGUCAAGGUUAUAGAAGACAUGAAAGGAUUGAAAGAAACAAUUCUGGAAAGAAAGUUUCAGUGCAUCUUCAAUGUGUUAAAGCCUUGGUAUAUGACAGUCAUCUUCAGAGGAAUAAAAAAACACAUGAUAGUAAGAAACCCUAUGAAUCUAAUCAGUGUCAUAAAGCCUUUGCUCAUCACAAUUCUCUUCAAAUGCACAAAAGGACACAUACUGAAGAGAAAUCUUUUGAAUGUAAUCAGUGUUGUAAAGCCUUUGCACAGCCCUGUAAUGUUCGACUGCAUAAAAUAACACAUACUGGAGAGAAAGCCUAUGCAUGUAAUCAGUGUGGUAAAGCCUUUGGAGGGCCCCAUACACUUCAAUUGCAUAAAAGAACAAAUACUGGACAGAAACCGUAUGAAUGUAAUCAGUGUGGUAAGGCCUUUGGAGAGCCCCAUAUCCUUCAAAUGCAUAAAAGAACACAUACUGGAGAGAAACCCUAUGAAUGUAAUCAGUGUGAUAAGGCCUUUGCUCACUACAGUGCUCUUCAAAGGCAUAAAAGAUCACAUACAGGAGAAAAACCUUAUGAAUGUAAUCAGUGUGGUAAGGCCUUUGCUCACCACAGUGCUCUUCAAAGGCAUAAAAGAUCACAUACUGGAGAGAAACCCUAUGAAUGUAGUUGGUGUGGUAAGGCCUUUGCUGAAAACAGCAAUCUUAAAUUGCAUAAAAGAACACACACUGGAGAGAAACCCUAUGAAUGUAAUCUGUGUGGUAAGUCAUUUGCUCAAAACAUUAAUCUUCAAAGCCAUAAAAGAUCCCAUACUGGAGAGAAACCUUAUGAAUGUCAUCAGUGUGGUAAGGCCUUUGCACAUCACAGCAAUUUUCAAACGCAUAAAAGAACACAUACUGGAGAGAAACCCUAUGAAUGUAAUCAGUGUGGUAAGGCCUUUGCAGAACACAGCAAUCUUAAAUUGCAUAAAAGAACACACACUGGAGAGAAACCCUAUGAAUGUAAUCUGUGUGGUAAGUCAUUUGCUCAACACAUUAAUCUUCAAAGCCAUAAAAGAUCCCAUACUGGAGAGAAACCUUAUGAAUGUCAUCAGUGUGGUAAGGCCUUUGCACAUCACAGCAAUUUUCAAAUGCAUAAAAGAACACACACUGGAGAGAAACCCUAUGAAUGUAAUCAGUGUGGUAAGGCCUUUGCACAUCAUAGUCAACUUCAAAGGCAUAAAAGGACACAUACUGGAAAGAAACCCUAUGAAUGUAAUCAGUGUGGUAAGGCCUUUGUUCAACACAGUGCUCUUCAAAGGCAUCAAAGAACACACACGGUUGCGAAACAGUAUGCCUGA